AUGGCUUCCUUUGUUGUUUUCCUCUCUCUCUUCACUCUCUUCUCCCUUUUCUCCCUCACCCAACUCCAAUCCCCGGCGCCAUCAACCUCCCCACCACCGCCGCCGCCGCCACAGUCCCUUUUGAAUGCAGCCGAGACCCUUUCCAAUUCGGGCUACAAUGCCAUGUCCCUCACCCUGAAUCUCCUCCUUGAUCAACCCCAUUCCAUCAGCUUCCCAUCUUCUCUCACCAUUUUCACUCCCCCGGAUUCAGCGUUUGCCGCUGCCGGCCAGCCUUCACUUUCCCUGCUCCUCCUCCAUUUCUCGCCACUUUCUCUUUCCCUCCAAUCACUAAGUUCUCUGCCCUUUUCUUCACCCAUCCCAACCCUGUCAAAAACCCAUGCUUCCAUCUUCAUCACCACCUCAUCUGAAAACCCCACCAAAAUUUCCAUCAACAACGUUGAGAUUUCCGGCUCACCCGUCUAUGAUGAUGGCUCUGUUGUGGUUUUUGCAGUGGACAAUUUCUUUGAGCCUAAUUUCACUCUUCCCGCUCCUCAGUCGGUCAUAAACCUCAACCCAGAAUGCGUGGAAUUCAGUCCUUUUUCACGGUAUGAGGAGGCAUCAGGGGUCCUACAAUCACGGGGUUAUUCAAUUUUUGCCACUUUUCUGGACUUGCAAUUGAUGGGGUUCGUGAAUUCCCAUAAAAUCCCUUCUGUGAAUGGGAUGAAACUGACAGUUUUUGCCCCCCUGGAUGAGGCUUUGAUUGGGGAUACUGGGAAUUUUCUCCAGUAUUCUUCCAUAUUCUUGAGGCAUCUGUUGCCAUGUAAGCUUAACUGGAACGAGCUCAAUGGAAUUGCAAAUGAGACUGUUUUCAGAAACUAUGUUGAGGAGCUUAGCAUGAAAAUCGAAAAGUCUGGUGAUCGAGUAAUGAUUAAUGGUGUUGAGAUUGCUGCUCCAGGAUUAUACGAGAAUGAAGGGAUUGCAAUUCAUGGGGUGAGGGAGAUAAUACCAGUACUGGAUAGUACAGAUGAGGAUGCUGCAGAGACAACUUUCAUGAAACUUGAGAAGAAAAAAGUUGACGGAAAUUGUCCUGCCCCUGAUCGUGGUGAAUUCUGA